AUGAUUCGACGACCCCCGGGUCAAGGACGAUGGUCCUCACAGCAGCAGAAGCUCCUCAUUGCUUUUGCCUUUAUCCUUUUACCAUGGCUCCAACUUGCCGAUGCUCAGCAGCAGCCUCUGCAGCCGCAGAUCCGAAUUCACUCUCAGAGAGGAGACGUUCCUCUUGACAAAAUAUCCGAAGACACCAACAACCGUUGGUACUCAGCUCAAGCAGCAGCACAAGACGUGCCCGCCGAGGCGAGGUUCGACACCAUCAACAGAAAGCAAAAGCAACAGCAGCAGCAGCAGCAGUCGACUCCUUUGCCGCAGCAGAAGAAUUAUCGACGAGCCCCACAUGACUACGCCAACAAGGCUCAGAAUCGAUACCAAUCCCCAAGCCGAGAAUCCGAUAAAUCAAACUACAUAAAUGUCCCUAGCGAUGCGAGCGCCCUCGCAACUUUAGCUCCGGCUCAGUCCGUUCGAGCACCACACACUUCACGACAACACUGGCCCAGCGCUUCUGGGCUGGCAUCGCCGCAAAUUGCGCGGAGUCUGGAGGACUGGGAAGUUGAAGACUUUGUUCUUCUGGCGACCGUCGAUGGAGAUCUCUAUGCCAGCGACCGAAAAACCGGUCGGCUCCGCUGGCACCUCGAGGUCGACCAGCCAGUGGUUGAAACAAAACACUACCGAACAAACAACUCCGUCCUUGAUGACGAUUACAGCCCCGUUGAUCAUUACAUCUGGGCCGUCGAGCCAAGCCGCGAUGGAGGCCUUUAUGUAUGGAUUCCGGACUCCGGUUCCGGCCUCGUUAGAACAGAGUUUACAAUGAAGCGGCUCGUGGAAGACCUCGCUCCAUACGCGGGCGAGGAGCCGCCCGUCGUAUAUACCGGAGACAAGAAGACGACCAUGGUUACGCUUGAUGCGGCUACUGGUCACGUCCUCAAAUGGUUUGGCUCCAGCGGCUCCCAAGUAAACGAAGGCGAGAGUUGUCUCCGACCCAAUGCCUUUGACGAGAAGUGUAGCUCCAUGGGCACAAUUACCCUGGGGAGAACCGAGUACACGGUGGGGAUCCAGAGGCGAGAUGGUCGUCCCAUUGCAACCUUGAAGUACUCCGAGUGGGGACCGAAUACUUUUGAUAGCGACCUCUACCACCAGUACCAUGCCUCAAUGGAUGGCCAAUACAUCACCAGUCAGCACGACGGCAGGGUUUAUGCAUUUGAUUAUGCCCGGGCAGAAAAUGACUUGCCUCUUUUCAGCAACAAGUUUUCGUCUCCCGUGGCCCGCGUUUUCGACAUCUGUCGAUCUUGGGAAGUGACGAUAGAGAGCAACCCGGAACUCGUUGCUCUUCCUCAGCCCCCCAUGCCGACGCGCGAUGAGACCAUUGCCAAGAUGCGAAGCAACAGCAUCUUCCUUAACCAGACCGAAGGCGGCAGCUGGUAUGCGAUGUCUGGUCGGGCAUAUCCGCUUAUUAUUGAUGCGCCCGUGGCCCAGAUAUCGCAACGUGAAUGGUGGGAGCCUUCUAAACUUUCCAAGGCGCUGGUGGGCACUCACUUUCUGAAUCCCUUGCGGAGUGGCGGCCACCAGCAGCCGCCAAUGCUCGAUCCUGGUAACCUUGACGAGUAUUAUGAUUAUCAUGACGACUUGGAGAAUGAAAACGCCUCGAACAACGCCCACGCCGUGACAAACACCGUCCCGGAGGAACCCACUAUUAUAACAAAAGUGAAGGCUCUCCCGCAAAGUGCCGCGAACAGCGUCAUCGACUUCAUCAGUAACCCCGUUCUCAUCAUCUUUUUGAUCGGUUCGUUGAUAUACAACGAAAAGAAGCUUCGACGUUCGUACAACCGAUUCAGGACCCAUGGCACAAUCAAAGAUGUUUAUCCCUUUUUGUUCCUAGAUGCUGAUGCAGGAGACGAAUCGGCCGAUGACAAGGAAGGAGUGUUUUCUUCUUCUUCUUCUCUGCGCACUCAACCUCAAGACGACAAGGUGGAAGACUUGCCUAGACCAAAGGUAGACAAGACGGUUGACGAUAAAGACAAAGACAAAGACUUGCAAGACCUUCCCGAGUCUUUAGAACCGAGCGAUAAAUCAGAUGGCAAAGAACCCGUAGUGGUCAAGCAGGUGGAUGCUGCUGUUGCUGCCGCAGAUGCACAGUCCCAGGACACUUCUAAUGGCGCCGCCCCUGAGAAGAAAAAGAAGGCACAUAGAGGGCGUCGUGGUGGUGUCAAACACAGAAAGGGCCGGGCUGCUGAGGGUUCGCAAUCGCUUGAGGAUGACGCAGGCCUCACGACGGUAGAUGAGGCUGUAAGCAAUGCCAAAAAGCUGGGUGACCGGCCUAGCCUGGAGCCCGAUGUCAUGACCAUCUACAACGAUAUGCAAGCCGUCACUGGCUCCAUUAUCAGCAUGGGAAAUAUCGAGGUCGACACGGACGUGGAACUUGGCAUGGGCAGCAAUGGUACUGUCGUCUUUGCGGGCAAGUUUGAUGGCAGAGACGUUGCCGUCAAGAGAAUGACGAUACAGUUCUAUGACAUCGCCACACGAGAGACCAAAUUGCUGCGUGAGAGUGACGAUCACCCCAAUGUCAUCCGAUAUUACUCACAGGUACAGCGUGGUGACUUUCUCUACAUUGCAUUGGAGCGUUGUGCCGCGUCAUUGGCCGACGUAAUUGAGAAGCCGUAUCACUUUGGUGAACUUGCCAAAGCCGGACAAAAAGAUUUACCUGGCGUUCUGUAUCAAAUCACCAACGGUAUCAGUCACUUACACUCACUGCGCAUUGUUCACCGAGAUUUGAAGCCUCAGAAUAUCCUGGUUAAUCUGGACAAGGAUGGCAAACCCAGGCUGUUGGUCUCUGACUUUGGUCUGUGCAAGAAAUUGGAGGAUCGACAAUCUUCUUUUGGAGCAACGACAGGCCGGGCAGCUGGAACGUCAGGAUGGCGUGCGCCCGAACUUCUUCUCGAUGACGACGGACAGAAUCCCGCGGCCAUUGAUAGUACGCACAGUGGCUCACACACUAUCCUGGUUGGAGACGGCACCACGCCAAACGGAGGACGGGCCACGAGAGCCAUUGACAUUUUCUCUCUUGGGCUUGUCUUCUUCUACGUGCUGACCAACGGGUCUCACCCCUUUGACUGUGGUGACAGAUAUAUGCGGGAGGUCAACAUUCGAAAAGGCAUCUAUAACCUCGAUCCCUUGGACUCGCUAGGCGACUUUGCCUACGAGGCAAAAGACCUGAUUGCGUCGAUGCUCCAGGCGGCUCCCAAGCAACGGCCCGACUCGCGAGAGGUCAUGGCUCACCCUUUCUUCUGGUCUCCUAAGAAGCGCCUAGCCUUCCUCUGCGACGUCUCGGACUCUCUUGAGAAGGAGGUCCGCGAUCCUCCGUCGCCGGCCUUGAUGGAGCUGGAGAGACAUGCGGCGGAUGUCAUUGGAGGAGACUUUUUGAAGGUGCUCACGCGUGAGUUUGUCGAUUCGCUGGGCAAGCAGCGCAAGUACACGGGCAACAAACUUCUCGAUUUGCUGCGCGCUCUUCGCAAUAAGCGGAACCAUUACGAGGACAUGUCGGACUCGCUUAAGCGCAGCGUUGGGUCGUUGCCGGAUGGCUAUCUUGCGUACUGGACGGUCAAGUUCCCGAUGCUGCUGCUUACUUGCUGGAACGUGGUGUAUAACCUCCAGUGGGAGAAUACGGAUCGCUUCAGAGAAUAUUACGAGCCUGCUGGAUUGUAA